GCUGGAGGGACAGGCAAGUGGACAGGAUAUCAUGUGAUCCUUGUAAUCAAAUGAACAGAUGCAGCCAGAAGAAAGCUACAGCUGUUCCUACAGCUCACAAGCCAAAAGUUAACAUGUACUGUUGUGCAGAAUACCAGGGCCAAAUUCACUGGUGAGGGAAAAGCUACUCUUGGAAGAUUAAGGACCAGAAAAGCUGAAGUUAAUUAAAAUAUCUGUGUUUCUUAAAUCCCAGAUGUUGUGCUUUUGUAAGUAAAUUGAGGAGGGGAUUUUACAAGCCAGCAGUGCAUUGUUUUGCAUCAGCAUGUCAGUUGAAUGCUGGUGAAUAGUAAUAGAUAAAUCACUUAGUGAUCAUGAGAAUAGUGCAUUGUUCUCAGUGUUUGACAGUCCAUCAAAAUGGCAUUUUAGUGUUUUAUAAACUCCCUUUUUCAUAAAUGGCUCUUGUCUGUUCAGUUUCUUACCAGGCUGGGUGUCUUGCAGCCCUGGGAAGGAGGAGACAGAGCUUUAGAAUAAACUGUUUUCAGUAGCUGUCCUGUGCUACAUGUCUGUAGUCUUUGCAAAACAUGUGAAUAGGACAUUCUAGACAUCUUUGCUGCCUACCUGAGUGUCCUUAGGUAAUGCCUUGUUGUUGCUGACUUAACCACUUCCCAGCUGAAUCUUAGCCCAGGUACAAUAUUUGCUCAUGGAGAGGGAUUAAUUCUUGAAAUCCUGGAUAGAUUCAACUAGAGAUGAGCUUUCAAAUCCCCUACAAAUUGUCUUCCUUGUUUGGGAAGAGGGCAGUAAUUCCCUCAGGUAGAUGCAAAGAAGCAUAGGAGACAGCUUGGAAAAUUAGUAUUUCUUCAAUAAUUCAGAAGUUCUCAUCACUGUCCGUGGAAGCUCCUGUACCAUUUGGAACACAGCAAGGUAUUUCAUGUUAUUUGCUGGUGUGUUUCUUUGAGUCUAUAGCAUGAGUGUCAUGUCUAGUCAGCAGCAAAUAUUGGUCUGGAUUUGAAAAACCUAUUUAAUGAAAAUAGAGAUGCUUACAUGUGUGUGGUCUGUUUCUAAUGUCUGCCUUACAUUUUUUUCAGUUUUCCAAGAAGCCAAGUGUUUCCUUUUUCUAUGGUUUGUUGUCUGCAAAUAGGCCCUAGAAACUGUUUUAUUCAGAAAGCAAGCAAAGAAAUAGAAUGGGAGCAAACUGCAGGGGCAGUCAUACUCCAUCAGAGCUGGGGUUUGUGUAAUACAGUGUUCUCAUUCACACAGCUUUGAUGGUGAGAAGUGUAAGGAUGAUGAUAUACUUUGAUGGUGAGAAGUAUGUGUGGUGUAAUCCUCUCCUGAUGACGCUCCUCUGCUUCAGAAUCUUACAGGGUUAAGGUUGCUCCUGGAUCCUUGUCCAAGAGCUGCCAAAAGCCUUUUUCUCUGUGAAUGUAUCUAAUCCUGUGAUUCAUUUCCUAUUGGUGAUUUCCAGAGCCACCUUGAAUCUUCUGUUAACUGGAAAAAUGCUUUACCUUAGUUUAAAUUUGCUGUCUGAUCAUUUACUGGGUGCCAUUUUAUGACAUACAACAAAAUGAAAAGCUAAUCUCUGCUUUGUACCACUUAGGUUUUCUGAACUUCUCUCUGGGAUAUCUCUUGUGCCCUUGUGGUCUCCCCUUUAUUUUCUUCUCUUCUUUUUUUUCACUGCUUCUCUUUCCCCCCCCUUUUCUCUCUGUCCUCCUGCCCACCUCCCCCCCCACCUUUUCUCUCCCUCCUUGUUUUUCUCCUCCUGGAGAAUUAUUAUUCCGUAUGUUUUCUACCCUUCAGGUGCAAGCUGUUCCCUACCUCCAAAUAUAAUUGUUGCCUUUCUGGGCAGGUGGCUGGACUGUUCUAUCCUUACAGUGCAUUCUGAUUUGAGCUCAGUGUUACUUUUCCCAUGAUGGGUUGCAUUGGGUUCUGGUUGAGGAAAAUGCAGCAUGACAGAUGAGUUCUCAUUUGGGGAUUGUUCUGACUCCUUAUCAACACAAACCACCUUUGUACCUUUUAGACAGAGCCACCAUUUGGAUGUGUGAGGGGUUCUGAAACAGCACAGGAGUACAGUGCUUUACCUACUACUUUUAUCUCAUCCACCUAUUUUUCCCAGGCAUCUGGGGCAGGACAUUUUGGGACAGAAAGGCUUCGUUCACCCACAGUCACAUCCCUGUCUUUGCCCAUGAGCUGCCCCGUGUCUCAAAAGACUGGGAUUGGUGGGAAGAAUGCUGAUUCUCCUCCAAAACAAGUUAUCUUCAGAAAAAGCACCCGUGACAAAGCUCUGACCAUCUACCUGGGAAAGCGGGACUUCAUUGACAACAUGGGAAAUGUGGAACCUGUAGAUGGUGUUGUAUUGGUGGAUCCUGCUAUUGUCCAGGGAAAAAAAGUGUUUGUGUCCCUCACCUGCGUGUUCCGCUAUGGCCAGGAAGACAUUGAUGUGAUUGGCCUCGCCUUCCGCCGGGACCUGUUCUUCUCCAGGGUCCAGGUGUACCCGCCUGCUGACAAGCCAGAGUCUCUCACCCUCUUGCAGGAAUCUCUGCUAAAGAAGCUGGGGAAAAAUGCUUAUCCCUUUUUCUUUACAUUUCCAGAUUACCUCCCUUGCUCAGUUUGUCUGCAGCCUGCACCUCGUGAUGUUGAUAAGACUUGUGGGGUGGAUUUUGAGGUGAAAGCUUUCUCAACAGAAAAUGUGGAAGAGAGAAUUCAUAAGAGGAACUCUGCACGUCUGCUGAUCCGUAAGGUGCAGUAUGCUCCAGAGGAGCCAGGACCCCAGCCUUGUGCAGAGACCACCUGGCAGUUCUUCAUGUCCAACAAGCCCCUGCACCUGAAAGCUUGCCUCAGUAAAGAGGUAUACUACCAUGGUGAGCCCAUUCCAGUCACUAUCACCAUCAACAACAGCACAGAGAAAACAGUGAAGAAGAUCAAAGUCCAGGUGGAGCAGGUGACCAAUGUGGUGCUGUACUCCAGUGACUUCUAUACCAAAGUGGUGGCUUCUGAGGAAGCACGGGAAAAGGUGCAGCCAAACAGCAGCCUGACCAAGACCCUGACACUUUUACCCUUGCUUGCAAAUAACCGGGAGACACGAGAAAUAGCUCUGGAUGGAAAAUUGAAGGAUGAGGACACCAACUUGGCUUCUAGUACUAUCAUUAAGGAUGGAAUAGACAAGACAGUGAUGGGGAUUCUGGUUUCCUACAAGAUCAAAGUGAAGCUCACUGUUCCAGGCAUGCUGGGAGACCUCACUUCCAGUGAAGUGGGCACAGAGCUGCCAUUUCGUCUCAUGCACCCCAAACCUGAGGAAAAGAACCCAGCAGGGAAGGAUGGUGAAGCAGAGCUGGUAUUUGAGGAGUUUGGUCGUCAGCAGCUAAAAAAUACACCUGAUGAAGCGGACAAGAAUUCACCCUCAACUGAUGAGUGAUUAAAAGAACAGACUGACAGAGAAGCUGUGUUGUCUGGGUUAAAUUACAAAUGUAGGACCUAAUUUUCUAGUAGUCUUCAUGUUCUCAGUUCAUGCAUGUUCUUCCAGGGAUCAGCCCUGAGGUCAGUGGACAUGACAACAUGAAUCUCUAUUGCUUAUUACAAGAUCCAUCUCUGGAGGAAUGUGGCAAACACAACACCUGGUACCACAGCUACCAGAGGAAGACAGGUCGUCUGCCAUGUCAUGACUUCUGCUUUCAGGGCUGCCUAAUAAAAAGGUUGGUUGCUUUCAGCACUGGUGAGAGCUUUAAGAGAGUUUAUGCAGCCUGUCUGGACUUACUCCGUAUCAGAGUCUGUGACUUUGAAGUGCCAGUGAACCAAAUCCUACCCUGGAAGGCUGGCUUGCAGCCCUGGAUGAUUCAUUAAGGUUUCUCAGCAGACUGUACAAAACUGAUUUUAUUUCCUUUUGGUUGCUUUUGCAUUGAUGCUUUACCAAAUUCAGGCAGUGAAUUUUUUCAGUGCUUGCACUGUCCCCAUGUGGCUUUUACAUUCAUUUUCUGUACCAGUAAAUAUCUCGCAAGUUGUCUCCUACAACAUAGACAAUGCUGAUACACAGUGUUAGCUUUCUGGCAAUAUGCUUAAUAACCAUGUUAUUAAAGAUGAGAUAAAUGUGCACUGUCCAUGAAUUGCUUAAAGCUCCCUAUAUACAAUGCCAAACAGAAAUACAAGUCCAGACAAGAGCCUGUAUUUAAUCUAGUUUCCUGUAGGCAACUGCUUCAAAAGAAGAUACCGGAAAAUUAAGGAGGAAAUUAAGGCACCUCUUCCCUGAGGAGCCUUUCCCAAUAUCUAUCUGCCACCAGUUGGUUUAUGCCCUAAGAAAUGAGAUUGCAUUCUGCAAACUUUUCAUCUUGUUGAUCUGGAUAUUCUCAUUAUACAUGUAAAUAUUGGAUAUUUUCCUGAAUCUCACUGUUUUUUGCUGAAGUGACUUGCAUCAGCUAAUUACAUUUUGCAUGUAAAACAA